GAAAUCUGUCCAGUCUAAGUCGUCUUGGCCUGAGGUACAAUAGGCUGUCAGCAAUUCCAAAGUCUUUAGCAAAAUGCAGUGAACUUGAUGAACUCAACCUGGAAAACAACAACAUUUCUACUCUACCAGAGGGUCUUUUAUCCAGCCUUGUCAAACUGACUAGUUUAACACUGGCCAGGAACUGCUUCCAGUCCUAUCCCGUGGGUGGCCCGUCCCAGUUCUCCACAAUCUACUCUCUCAAUAUGGAGCACAACCGCAUCAAUAAAAUCCCUUUUGGAAUUUUCUCUAGAGCUAAAGUAUUAAGUAAGCUGAACAUGAAGGACAAUCAGCUGACUUCUCUCCCCUUGGACUUCGGGACUUGGACUAGUAUGGUAGAACUGAACUUAGCGACUAAUCAGCUCACAAAAAUCCCUGAGGAUGUAUCUGGGCUUGUUUCUCUUGAGGUUCUUAUCUUGUCAAACAAUCUACUAAAGAAACUUCCCCAUGGAAUUGGAAAUCUACGGAAACUCCGAGAGCUAGAUCUAGAGGAAAACAAACUGGAAUCCUUGCCAAAUGAAAUAGCUUACCUCAAGGAUCUUCAGAAAUUGGUUCUGACUAAUAAUCAGUUGACCACCCUUCCCAGAGGUAUUGGUCACCUUACCAAUCUCACGCACCUUGGGCUUGGAGAGAAUCUUCUCACACACCUUCCUGAGGAAAUUGGUACACUGGAGAAUCUGGAAGAACUGUAUUUGAAUGACAACCCCAAUCUGCACAGCCUUCCCUUUGAGCUGGCUCUUUGCAGCAAACUGUCAAUAAUGAGUAUUGAGAACUGCCCGCUCAGCCACCUUCCACCUCAGAUUGUUGCAGGAGGACCCUCCUUCAUCAUUCAGUUCCUAAAAAUGCAGGGACCAUAUCGUGCCAUGGUCUGAUGCUAAUCGGAUUGUCCAAUACACUGUACAAAAUACAAACUGCAUUAAUGUUGUAAUUGUCUGUAUAUGUAUAUAUAAUAUAAUAUAAUAUAAUAUGUCGUUUAUAUUAUAUUAUAUAUAUAUACAAUAUAUAAAUAAUAUAAAAAGGCAAAUUUAAGACUGCAUUAUGUGUUUCUGCUAAUAGAGGAAUCAUAGCCAUUUAGAUUUUUUUUAUUCUGUAAAAAUGCUUGUCUAAGUUUUCUUUGCUGAAUUUGAUGGAAGCUGUCUGAAUAAUCUGGAAAUGCCAGUUCAUUUAAAGCAAUUGCCAAUGAACUCAAAGUUUAAAUUUAAGGGACAAAAAUAGUUUUGCUUAGAUUUACUUUCAGUUAAGAGAAAUGUAUAACCUUUAUAUAAUGAACUUUUCUGUUUUCUUCCCUUUUUUUUUUUUGUGUCAAAACCUGAAAGGGUUAUGUGUCCUGAGGUUGGGAUUUUCUUUUAACUUAUUUUGAGAUUUGAAGCAAAUGGUGUUUUUAUAUUGUUUACAGUCAGAGUAAAUCACUGGAUUUUAUUUUAUUCUGAUUUGCUCUGUUUUAAUCAAUCAUAUCUAGAAUUUAUAUGCCUCUGCUGAUGAAUUUUUAUCAACCAGUUUGUAUACUAAAAACAUAUACUCAUCAGAACAACUGGCAGGUGAAAAGGAUGCAGUCAAAACAAAAGAAAAAGAAAAGAAAAAAAAAAAGCUUGAAUUCCUUUAAGUCUUGCUUCCCUAAGUUAUCAGUUGCAGGCAUAACAUAUCUGAACUGAGCCUUUUGCGGUUGGUCUUUUCUAGCACAAGCAAACCUUUUCAGAUUGGUAAAAACGUUGAGUAUACUCAGUGAAAAGCGGUUUUCAUUUUGUGAAGUAGCAAGUUCAUGAGGUCUAACAGUACAGUUAAGUGGCAAGGAAAUAAUAUAUAUGUACAUUUUUAUUAUAAUGUUGAGUCAUAAACUACAACAGGCAGUUUUAAGGAUUCCUUAUAUUCCUUGUACAAUAAAUGAAUGUGUCUUACUUUUAAA